UAAAAAAAAAAAAAACUCUCGAAAAAAAUGGAGAUGUGCACGUUAGAGAAGCGAGGUAACCUGUUCAUUUUAACUUUGACCGGCGAAGACGAUCACCGUCUAAACCCGACACGAAUCGAUGCAAUCCGGUCAGCACUGAAUCGAAUCCGAUCCGACUCAACCUCUCACUCCGGCUCCGUUCUCAUCACUACCGCUCACGGCAAGUUCUUCUCCAAUGGCUAUGAUCUCGCCUGGGCAGGCUCUUCACCAGACAAGAUCCGUAUAAUGUCUUCCAAUCUCCGAGCUCUCGUCGCUGACCUAAUCUCCUUUCCUAUGCCUACCAUCGCCGCCGUCAACGGCCACGCCUGCGCCGGCGGAUUCAUCUUGGCUCUUAGCCAUGAUUAUAUUGUUAUGAGAAACGAUCGAGGGUUUUUGUAUAUGAGUGAAAUGAAUAUCGGACUGAAGAUUCCGGCUUGGCUCAUGGCCGUUAUAAGUUGCAAGAUUCGCGAUGCCACGGUAAAACGAGAGGUGGUGCUGGUAGCGAAGAAGUUGACGGCAAAGCAAGCAGUAACGAGGGGGAUCAUCGACGCGGCGUAUGAUUCUGCGGCGGAGACGGUGAAAGGUGCGGUUGAGUUAGGAGAAAAGUUAGUUAAAAAGGGAUGGAAUGGAGAAGUUUAUAGUGAAAAUAGAAAGGAGCUUUAUAAAGAGAUUUUAGAUAAGCUUGGAGCUGAUGAAACUACAGACGAUGUGAAAAAAGUUGCAAUUGCAUCAUCCAAAAUGUAGCAUGGUUGCAAUGUGGUUAGAAAAAAAUAUAUUAGAAAAAAAAAAAAGAAAGUACUCAUAAUAAUUUAAGUUUAGC